UGCCUGAAUUUGCCUUCAUAACAAAAACCCUCUGAUAAACCCUAUUUCAUAGUUAAAGACCACAUUUCAUACACAAAACAAGAAAAUGGGGAAAAAAGAUAGGCAGCAGCAAAGAUCCGUGGAAGGGAACAACCGCGGCGGAGGGAAAAAGCAAGAAGAACUGCUGAAGACUCUGGGGGACUUCACGAGUAAAGAGAACUGGGACAAAUUUUUUACCAUAAGAGGCAGUGCUGAUUCCUUUGAAUGGUAUGCCGAGUGGCCCCAUCUCCAGACGUUAUUAACACGGCUUCUGUUAUGUCAGUCAUCGGCACCGGCGGGAUCCAUCGGAGAACCUUCGCCGGCAGUGGAGGCGGCGGAGGUUAGUAUUUUGGUGCCGGGGUGCGGGAACUCGAGUCUGUCGGAGCAUCUGUAUGAUGCUGGGUUUAAGAAUAUAACGAAUGUGGAUUUUUCGAAGGUGGUUAUUUCGGAUAUGUUGAGGAAGAAUGUGAGAGAACGGCCGGAGAUGAAGUGGCGCGUUAUGGACAUGACAAGCAUGCAGUUUGCAAAUGAGAGCUUUAAUGCCAUUGUUGAUAAGGGAGGAUUGGAUGCUUUGAUGGAGCCUCAGCUUGGACCCAGAUUAGGAAAUCUAUAUUUAGCGGAGGUAAAAAGGCUUUUAAAAUUUGGAGGAAAAUAUAUUUGUCUCACCUUGGCAGAAUCUCAUGUGUUAGAUCUACUUUUCCCCAAGUUUCGCCUUGGGUGGAAGAUGAGUCUUUAUGCCAUUGCUCCGGAUCCAUCAUCUAGAAACUCAAAAUUGCGGACCUUUAUGGUGGUUGCUGAGAAAGAUAAUAAUACUGUAGUUUCUGAGAUAUCAUUGUACAUGGAUGAAUGUUCUGUUGAAGCUCAUAAUAAUCAGGUGUGUGAACUGUACGAUGCACUUGAGAGAGAAAAAAGGGUUCGGUCAGAAUACUUGAGUGGCUCUGAUAUAUUAUACUCGCUUGAAGAGCUGAAUCUAGGGGCAAAGGGAAACCUUAAAGAGCUUGAACCAGGUCGUAGGGCAAAGCUGAUUUUAGGUGAACCUGGAGUAUCCCAUUACAUCUAUAACGGCAUACUUCUUGAUGCUCAGCAAGAUUCUGGACCUUUCUCCUAUCACUUUGGUGUAUUCCUUGUUCCGAAGACUCGAGUUCAUGAGUGGCUCUUCUCAUCAGAAGAAGGACAAUGGCUUAUUGUUGCAAGCUCAAAGGCUGCUCGAUUAGUAAUGAUUUUACUGGAUUCCAGCAAUUCUAAUGCUGCCAUGGAGGAUAUCCAGAUGGAUCUCUCUCCCUUAGUAAGGCAAUUGGCCCCAGGAAAUUGUGUCGAUGGAGUACAAAUUCCGUUUAUGGCUGCAAGUGAUGGAAUUAAGCACCGAGAAGUUGUACACCAGGUUACAUCGGCCUUGACCGGUCCAAUUGUUGUCGAUGAUGUGAUCUAUGAAAAGAUUGACAAUGAUCUUAAUCAUCGCUUUUCAUCUAAGGAUUUGAUAUUCCGCCGCCUUAUUUUUCAAAGAACUGAGAGUUUGGUGCAAUCAGAAGCUCUUUUAUUAACUGAAGGAUCAAAGGGAACUUCAAGUGAAGCAGAAAUAAAGAAACUGCAGGCAGCUCCCAAGUCCAGGAAGAAAGGAAGACAGGGGAAGUUUGAUUCUCUGACAAUUGGGUCUCAUGCAUCAAGUGGUGAAUUGGAAGCUGAUCACAACUAUUUAGCAAGUUCAUACCACAAUGGGAUUAUUUCUGGAUUAUUGUUGAUAUCCUUACACUUGAAAGGAUCUACCACAGCAGGUGGGAUGGUCAAAACUGUGGUUAUUGGUCUUGGAGCUGGAUUACUUCCUAUGUUUAUGAAGAAGUGCUUACCUUCUCUACAGAUUGAGGUCGUUGAGUUAGAUCCUGUGGUUCGGGAUGUUGCUAGAGACUACUUUGGUUUCAGAGAAGAUGAGCGCUUAAAGGUGCAUGUUGCCGAUGGAAUUGAAUUUGUCAGGGAGAAAGCAGAUUCUGGGGCAGAAGGAAAUUGCACUUGUAAAAUUGACACACUUAUAGUUGAUGUGGACUCAUCAGACUCAAGUUCUGGUUUGACCUGUCCUGCAGCAGAUUUUGUUGAUGAAUCUUUUCUUUUGACUGUGAAAAAUUCACUUUCUGAGCAAGGUUUAUUCAUCAUUAAUUUGGUCUCAAGGUCCUCUGCUGUGAAGGGUGCAGUAUAUUCAAGAUUGAAAAAGGUAUUUAGCAACCUCUUCUCCCUCCAGCUCGAGGAAGAUGUCAAUGAAGUAAUUUUUGCUCUCAAGACAGACUCUCCAAUCGAGGAGGAGCAACUUUCUGAAGCUUGUGAGGCACUUGCCAGAUCAUUAGAGCUGGAAAAGCAGGAGUGGGGUCAGAAAAUCAUAGAUGCCUCAAAAUUCAUCAAGCCGUUGAGAUAAGUGAAGCAGGAUUUCUAUCUUAAAGGUUGAGAAUUACCAUGCUAUAUGUUUGGGGGUAUUUUGUUUCUCUCAUUCAAAUCCGGAAAAGAUAGAAGUCCGUUCAGUCCUCUAGUUUCCAGUGCGGAAUGGUGUAUCUUGUGUACAUUCACCUGUCACUUACAAUGAUUCUCUCAGAAGCAGACAACUGAACGGGAAGAGCAUGAAUGCAGGUCUUGUGGAUUCUGCAGCUAUUCUCUGACUCUAUCCAAAUUAGUAUGGUACAUAGGUAGUUUUGUGCCUGAUGGUCAAUCAUAUUAUCAUCGCACGUUGGAUACUCAAAAGAUUGUUUAGUUUUGUAUUUCAUUGGGGUGCUAUCUGUUGGUGCUAAACCGUAUCAUAAUCAAUUUUCAUCUAAAUGACAACUUUGCACAUUAAAUA